AACCGGCCAAGCUAUGCAGACAGGGAGGACGGAAAUAACAGAACCGAACCGUCAGCGAGAGCGACGCCAGAGCUCCCCAAUUUAGGGUUCUGCCUUCGAUCAUUUCUCCCUCCGAUCCGAUCGAAACCCCGCUUCCCUUUCUCCUCUCUGUCCAGUUUCGUAGGACGGUUUCUUUCAUUGGGGGAUUAAAGCUUAGCUCUGUGAAUUGCUCGGAAUUUAUCGAAUUUUUUGAUCCAUGGGGAAUAUAUUUGUGAAGAAGCCGAAGAUCACCGAUGUCGACAGGGCAAUCCUCUCCCUCAAGACCCAAAGGCGCAAGCUUGGUCAGUACCAGCAGCAGCUUGAGGUGGUUAUCGAAGCCGAGAAACAGGCCGCUCGGGACUUGAUAAAGGAGAAGAGAAAAGACAGGGCUUUGCUAGCAUUGAAGAAGAAGAAGACACAGGAGGAACUCCUGAAGCAGGUGGACACAUGGAUCAUCAAUGUUGAGCAACAGUUAGCUGAUAUCGAACUAGCAAGCAAGCAAAAGGCCGUCUUUGAUAGCUUGAAGGCGGGAAAUAAUGCCAUUAAAGCAAUACAAAGCGAGAUCAACUUGGAGGAUGUUCAGAAGUUAAUGGAUGAUACUGAAGAAGCAAAGGCUUACCAGGAUGAAAUUAACGCGAUACUGGGAGAGAAAUUGUCGGCAGAAGAUGAGGAGGAGAUUCUUGCAGAGUUCGAGAACUUGGAAAGCCAGGUCACCCUCCAAGAUAUGCCCGAAGUUCCAUUCGGAGUUCUGCCUCCUGAAGAGGUACUUGACCUUCCUGCUGUUCCGAAAGAACCUGUUGUUUCUAAAGUGGCUGAAGAAGAUGAAGCUGAAAUCGUCUUGAAAAGAAAGGUUUUGGAGGAACCCCUGCCCGCUUGACUUCGGAUCGAUGCAGCUUAUCAAUUUCAUGAAAGCUGCUCACGUACUAUUCCGAUGUAUUUCUGGUGAUGGUCUUGUAUUUGCUUCAAAGGAUCAUUGGAAAUGUGUACAUUGAUUGUUUGUUCAUUUCAUGAGAUGUUCUAAGAGAUCUGUUCAUAUCU